GAACCACGCCGCGUCCCAGCUCCGGCGUGUGGAGGGAAACGCGGACCUUUCAACAAGAGCUUUAUUAGUUCUCCGGCUAGGACCCGGGGAGGCGAUGGAGGUGGCGGCCAACUGCUCGCUGCGGGUGAAGAGACCGCUGCUGGAUCCCCGCUUCGAGGGUUACAAGCUGUCUCUCGAGCCUCUGCCCUGUUACCAGCUGGAGCUAGACGCAGCUGUUGCAGAAGUAAAACUUCGUGAUGAUCAGUAUACCCUGGAGCACAUGCAUGCUUUCGGGAUGUUUAAUUACCUGCACUGUGACUCAUGGAAUCAAGACAGUGUCUACUACAUUGACACCCUUGGAAGAAUUAUGACUUUAACAGUGAUGUUGGACACAGCCUUAGGAAAACCCCGGGAAGUGUUUCGGCUUCCUACAGACUUGACAACGUAUGACGCUCGUCUUUGCGCGUCGCUGUACUUCACAUCUCCAACUUGGGUAACGUUGUCCGAUGGAACUGGGAGAUUGUAUGUCAUCGCAACAGGUGAACGUGGCAAUAAUGCUUCUGAAAAAUGGGAGAUUGUGUUUAAUGAAGAGCUUGGGAACCCUUUUAUCAUAAUUCACAGUAUCUCAUUGCAAAAAGUGGAAGAACAUUCAAUAGCUACCCUGCUUCUUCGAAUAGAGAAAGAGGACUUGGAUAUGAAAGGAAGUGGUUUCUAUGUUUGUUUGGAGUGGGUGACUAUCAGUAAGAAAAAUAAAGAUUCUCAAAAAUAUGAAAUUAUUAAGCGUGAUGUUCUCCAUGGAAAGUCAGUGCCACAUUAUGCAGCUAUUGAGCCCGAUGGAAAUGGCCUCAUGAUUGUCUCCUACAAAUCCUUCCAGUUCGUUCAGAGUGGGCAAAAUCUUGAUGAAAAUAUGCAUGAGGACAUGCCACAGGAAAUCAAAGAACCUCUCUAUCACUGGCAACAAACUGAAGAUGAUUUGACAGUGACAAUACAGCUUCCAGAAGGCAAUACGAAGGAUGACAUUCAAAUACAGUUUUUGCCUGAAAACAUCAGCAUUGUGCUGAGAGAUCAACUGUUUCUGGAAGGAAAGCUGUAUUCAUCAAUCGAUCAUGAAAGCAGUACAUGGAUAAUUAAGGAAAAUAAUAGCUUGGAGAUUUCUUUGAUUAAGAAGAAUGCAGGACUGACAUGGCCUGAGCUGGUGGUCGGUGAUGAACGAGGGGAACUGAUCAGAGACUCGGCCCAAUGUGCGGCAAUAGCUGAACGCUUGAUGCAUCUGACGUCGGAAGAACUGAAUCCAAAUCCUGAGAGAGAAAAACCACCUUGUAAUGCUCAAGAGUUGGAAGAAUGUGAUGUUUUCUUUGACGAGAGUUCCAGUUUAUGCAGAUUUGAUGGCAGUACAUUUAAAACUACUCAUGUGGUGAACCUCGGAAGCAACCAGUACCUUUUCUCUGUCAUCGUGGACCCUAAGGAAAUGCCCUGUUUUUGUUUACGCCAUGAUGUUGAUGCCCUCCUAUGGCAGCCACACUCAAGUCAACAAGAUGAAAUGUGGGAGCACAUUGCAACUUUCAAUGCUUUAGGCUAUGUCCAAGCAUCAAAGAGAGACAAGAAGUUUUUUGCCUGUGCUCCAGAUUACUCCUAUGCGGCCCUCUGUGAGUGCCUUCGCCGAGUGUUCAUCUACCGCCAGCCCACCCCCAUGGCCACCGUACUUUACAACAGAAAGGAAGGCAGGAAAGUAGGGCAGGUUGCUAAGCAGCAGGUAGCAAGCCUAGAAACCAAUGAGCCUAUUUUAGGUUUUCAGGCAACAAAUGAGAGAUUGUUUGUUCUCACUACCAAAAACCUCUUUUUAAUAAAAGUAAACACAGAGAAUUAAUUAGCCCAGCAGGUUGGCUUUGCUACACUGGCUGGAAUAGUAGUCAGUGGUAGCUAGAGGCUGCAUAAUUAUUGUGUAACUGUUAAGUUUUAAUAUGGUGAGUAAUACCUUGUAUAAAUUUAAGUUCUUUUUGAAAGAUACUGGUAAUGUAUUCAGGAUAGUACAAUUCAGUGAAAGCUUUGGAAUGAAGCUGCAGAUUUAGAAAAUAUUCUGUAAAUAUUAGUGAUUUUAGUUUAAAAAAAAACUAAAAUCAUCUUUUAUAUGAAAGAUACAAUUCAGUGUUUAAAAAUA